GCUCGGCGCCGGCAGCUCCGUAGGGCCCGGCACGACGCGGAACUGGGCCCGGCUUAACCCGCCCCGUCCCGCCCUCGCCGCCCGUCACUUCCCGAGCGCCGCGGCCCCGUCACGGCCGGGCGGGAGCGGUGGAGCCGAGCGGCCGGGUGCGGCGGAUAACCAGGUGAGAGCUCCCCAAAUGGUCAAGUAAAUUCUCUUCUCCCCUUCCAUAGCCAGUGUCCAGAAUCCACCAUGGACUAUCUCACCAAGCUCCUCGGCGUCGUGGCUGGAGUCGCCUGUGGCCUGUGCCUGGGAUGGGGCAUCCGUGGGAAGCUCCUGAGGAAGCGCAGAGCGGGAACACCUGCACCUCCCAGCAGCCUGGAGGGCGAGGCAGAUGUUAUGGCAGAGUCCGGGGAGUUCAAGAUGGUGCUGAUCGUCCGCCAGGACCUCAAGAUGGGCAAGGGCAAAGUGGCAGCCCAGUGUUCCCACGCUGCUGUCUCUGCCUACAAGCAAGUGGAGAGAAGGAAUCCCGAGCUCCUGAAGCAGUGGGAGUACUGUGGGCAACCCAAAAUAGUCCUCAAAGCUCCUGAUGAGGAGACUCUGGCCCAGCUCCUGGCUGAGGCAAAGCGCCUGGGACUGACCGUGAGCUUGAUCCAGGAUGCUGGGCGUACUCAGAUAGCUCCAGGCUCCAGGACCGUCCUCGGCAUCGGACCAGGGCCAGCUGAUGUCAUAGAUAAAGUCUCUGGUCACCUUAAACUCUUCUAAACUAGGACCAAAAAAGUUGAUGUAUGUCAGUACUGAAGGGUUACAAUCCAAGUUUGGGCAUUUUUCCAUAUGCUUUCAGUUUAAAUAAAAUAAGCAAGUUUUGUAAGGUUUAAAUUUGUAAA